UUCAGCACAUUUUUGUUUACUUUUAUUUGAUAAACUGUUGGCUCACUUCUUGUCCAAAAUCUCGAUCCUGAAAUAUAAUCCAGAACUGCCACAGAGCAUGAUUGAUAAACGGAUGGAUGCCUCGUGCUGGUUAUCUGCCUGCAGUGCUCCUCAUCUGAUAGUCCUGCUCCUCUCCACACCUCCUGCUGCUCCGCCCGAGGCCAACACCAGCAGAAACCAAUUAGCAGACACAUCCAUUAAUUGCGCAUCGGAGAGCCGUGCAUCUCCUCGGCUUCAUAAAGUGAGGGAAGCAGGCAGCGCAAUCCGUCAUUUUAAUCAAGUUUUUACCGACUGGUGCGACGUUCAUGAUUCGCUCAAUCAAGGCGUCACGGGCUAUUUGUCCGCUGACCUCUUCUGACCCCACCUCCCUCUGCUCCUGUUCCUCCGACGGACUGUCCGCUGGAAAAUGAGAGUAUUCAUCAGGCUCUCCCGAGAGAAACAGGCCAUUGCUGUGACGGAGGAGUCUCUGCUGCAGCCGGCCCCACUCCUCACGCUGAUUAGUUUAGUUUUCACGCCGCAGGGCCACAUCCCAGCUCCUUAUUGCAGAAGCAGCUCAGCAGGAUGACCAGAAAAAACACAGCUUCACCAGAUCCUUGCGGAAAGAACGAAAACUAGGCAAAUGGAUGCGAAGAACAGGGAUUCAGAAGACAAAAGGAUGCCCACAAACAGCAUUUACAAAGGCAAUGAUGGUGUUGUUAAAAGACCCCUGAAAUAGCCGUGGAUCAAACAGCCGUCACUCAGGUGUGAGUUGUUGCACUUGUGCUGAAAAUGCAGCAGUCGUGUGCAGGUGUGCAACAGCUGCUCUUCAAACCAGCUCAAAGCCAUGCGUCCAUUAGGAGGAUAUGUGAAGGUUUAUUCACUUAGGCAAGUGUCAGCCCAUCUAACAGCAUCUGGAUGGAUUAUUUCCACGCAUCUCACCCUGUAAAGUGUUUAUAAUGGGAAGUAGUUCUGGCAAAGUGUUGCCUGAGCCCUCUAAAAAUGGAUAUUUUUGCCUUCUCAAUUCUGUUGUGAACUUCAAGAAACAAGAGACUGACAGGGAAAAGUGUAAAGAGAAACAACAAGCUUGGCUUUGGAGGAGAAGAAGUGACAGAAGGCCUUCCCGAGGAGGAAUAUCAGAAGGAGUCAAAGAAUCGGUUCAUCUGGAGGAGUGGAUGACGAAUCCUAAUGCAACGUUUCGUGCAAAGUUUGAUCCACGCGUCACAGCGAGGUAUGACAUCAAGGCUCUGAUCGGCUGCGGCAGCUUCAGCCGCGUGGUUCGUGCUGAGCACAGACGCACACGCCAACCCUUCGCCAUAAAACUUCUGGAGGUCAAAGGUCGUGAGGGUCACGAGGCCUGUCAAGCAGAGCUCGGGGUCCUGCGACGGGUGAACCACAACAACGUCAUCCGCCUGGCCGAGGUGUUCGAGACGCAGCAUUGCGUCUAUCUGGUUCUGGAGCUGGCCACGGGAGGAGAGCUCCUGGAGCGCGUGGUCGCCCGAGGAACCUUCAGAGAACGGGACGCCACCAAGGCCUUGAUGAUGGUGUCCAGCGGGCUGCGCUAUCUACACACGCUGGGCGUCAUCCACAGGGACCUCAAACCCGAAAACCUACUGUACUACCAUCCGGGACAGGACUCGCGAUUAAUCAUAACAGACUUUGGACUCGCUUGCUGGGAGAACAAGACGACGGUUUCAUAUCAAAGCAGAGAAGAUACAGCUGUUAUGACUCGGGAUGCACAUUUUGACUCUGUAGAUGUUGAGAAGAGCUGUCAGGCUAAAGAUUGGGCUGUGAGGACACUCUGCGGCACGCCGGAGUACCUGGCCCCUGAGAUGCUGGCACGGAGACCCUGUAGCAGCGCUGUGGAUAUGUGGGCGCUGGGAGUCAUCACUUAUAUCCUGCUGAGCGGCUCGCUGCCCUUCGACCAGAGCAGCCGACCGCGUCUCUUCAGGGCCAUUCUCAGAGGCAGCUACAGUUUCCAUGGUGAUCCAUGGAAAUCAGUAUCUACAUUGGCCAAAAGCUUCAUCGAUUGUCUCCUGACCCUUGAGCCCGAGCGCCGGAUGAACGCUGAGGAAACUCUUAAGCAUCCUUGGCUGGUCAGCAUGGCAGCCUGUUCCUCCAACAAGAACCUACACCGCUCCAUUUCCCGAAACCUCCAGCGGCGGGCGUCACGGGCCUCCUCUCGAAGCCCCAUCUCGGGCUCUUCUCCUGGGUCUCGGAUAUCGAUGAGGUCUGGGUCACGGUUAGGGGUCAGCGACAGGUCACAAUGCCUGAAGAUCACUGCUUAGCAAGUUCAAGGUUUGGCUUGUUAGCAUGGAUCCAUUAUUUUAUCCCACAGCGC